ACCGCGGAGCAGCACCAUGUCGGCGCCGGCGGCCAAAGUCAGUAAGAAGGAACUCAACUCCAACCAUGACGGGGCCGACGAGACCUCAGAAAAAGAACAGCAAGAAGCAAUUGAACAUAUUGAUGAAGUACAAAAUGAAAUAGACAGACUUAAUGAACAAGCCAGUGAGGAGAUUUUGAAAGUAGAACAGAAAUAUAACAAACUCCGCCAACCAUUUUUUCAGAAGAGGUCGGAAUUGAUCGCCAAAAUCCCCAAUUUUUGGGUAACAACAUUUGUCAACCAUCCACAAGUGUCUGCACUGCUUGGAGAGGAGGAUGAAGAGGCGCUGCAUUAUUUGACAAGAGUUGAAGUGACAGAAUUUGAAGAUAUUAAAUCAGGUUACAGAAUAGAUUUUUAUUUUGAUGAAAACCCUUACUUCGAAAAUAAAGUUCUCUCCAAAGAAUUUCAUCUGAAUGAGAGUGGUGAUCCAUCUUCAAAGUCCACCAAAAUCAAAUGGAAAUCUGGAAAGGAUUUGACGAAACGUUCAAGUCAAAUACAGAAUAAAGCCAGCAGGAAGAGACAGCAUGAGGAACCAGAGAGCUUCUUCACCUGGUUUACUGACCAUUCUGAUGCAGGUGCAGAUGUAAGGGAGGUCAUCAAAGAUGAUAUUUGGCCAAAUCCAUUACAGUACUACUUGGUUCCCGAUAUGGAUGAUGAAGAAGGGGAAGGAGAAGAAGAUGAUGAUGAUGAUGAAGAAGAAGGAUUGGAAGAUAUCGAUGAAAAAGGAGAUGAGGAUGAAGGUGAAGAAGAUGAAGAUGAUGAUGAGGGGGAGGAAGGAGAGGAGGAUGAAGGAGAAGAUGACUAAUGGAACACUGAUGGAUUCCAACCUUCCUUUUUUUAAUUUUCUUCAGUCCCUGGGAGCAAGUUGCAGUCUUUUUUUUUUUUUUUUUUUUUUUUUUU